AUGGCACGAAUACGGAGUCGGGGAGAAUCAGAUCUCGAGAAGGAAGGUUUUCUAAAUCGUCACCCACACAGCAGCGAAGACGAUAGUAACGACACCUUCGACGAGGAAGAAGGAAACCCUUCGGUCGCGUCCUCCCGAGCCACCUCUGCCUCCUACAAGCCCAUGCUCAUCAACAAAGCCUACAGCUCCAAACGAUCCUCUUCCCCCUCCUACCUCGGCAGGAUGCCUCGGUCCAUCAUGCGAUAUCUCUGCCUAGGGGUCGCCGUCACCCUCCUCAUCUUCAUCUUUUCGCUGGUGCGAAUGAGUUACGUCGCAGAACAGGAGGUGCAAGAAGCCAUUGAACAAGAAAAGAUGAAGCCCAAACCUCCCCCAUGGGAAGAUUUUCCGUUUCUGCAAAGAUAUUAUGGGGGAAUACGGUCGAUGGUGCCGGUCGUGGAUAACGUGCCUGAGUAUCCACGGAAGGAGGACGAGGUGGAAUGGGAGAAACUGAAUAUUACUGAAGAAGCUGUUGAAAACUUAACGCCAGACGAGGCUCACCCUGCUAGAAAGGAAAGGAGAAAGAGAGCGAUCCAGCCUAGCAAGAGAUUCGAACCAUAUCCCAGCUACACUUCGCCAGAAUAUGUUGCCAAAUACGGUGAAAAGGUGGACUGUUACCUGGAUGCCGAGAAUACCAUCUCAAUCCCGCAGGUGCGGAUAUACGAGGGCAUUCCACGGGGGUUUCCGGACAUGGUCAUGGGUUCUGCGAAGCUCCUGGGUCUCAGGGACGACAUCUGCUAUGACCGAUUUGGGCGCUUGGGACCCUAUGGCCUUGGGUACAGCAUCAACCGAGGUGGAAGUGGUGCCCAGCAGGAGGGCGAAAGAGAAGGGGCCGAUUUGGUGUGGCAGGAAGCGCCCGAAGUGGACUGGAGAAAAGUCCAUUGGGCCGACGCUCAGCAAAGAUGCGUGUUGGCAAAUAAUCACCGUUUCAAGGAACUGCCCGAGAAACCACGAAUCGAUACGUUCCGAGCGAUGCCGAUCGGCACCGUCUACAACAAGAGAGACGAUCUUGUUGAUUUUGAGGCCAUGCCAACAAAGACACCCGAGAGCCCCAAGAGGCCCAAGACUGGCUCAGAAAGACUUCCUCGGACGGCAGUUGUGAUCCGCACUUGGUGGGAUUACCCAUACACGCCCGAAGACAAGAUCUAUCUUCGUUCCCUGAUUUCAGAGUUGACCAUGUUGAGCGGCGGUGAGUAUGUGGUGCAUUUCCUGGUCCAAGUCAAAUCCAACGAUGUGCCCAUAUUCUCCGAUGACGAAACCUACGAGCGUGUUCUUCGAGACUCAUUACCCGAAGAAUUCAGAGGCAUGGGCACCCUCUGGACCGAAAAGCAAAUGGAGCUCAUGUACGGCGGUCUGGAAGAGACAAACAUGCGCGGAUUGCCCGUUCACGGAGUGUAUCGCAGUACCUUUAUGCCCAUGCAAUACUUCGCCUAUCAGCAUCCCGAGUACGAUUUCUUCUGGAACUGGGAGAUGGACAUUCGAACCACGCACCACUGGUACCAUUUCUUCGACAGCGUCACGAAAUGGGCCAAGCAGCAACCACGCAAACUCCUCUGGGAAAGAAACAGCCGGUUUUAUGUUCCCUCCGAACACGGCGAAUGGGAAGACUUUAGCCAAAUGGUUCGCAUCCAAACGGAACACGGCACAAACAGCGUCGCCAAUCUAUGGAGCAGUCUGAACCGCGCAAACAAGGAUCCCAAUGACCCGAGCUCCAAGACUACCCCUGCGGGAGCGAUGAAACAGCAAGGUGACAAACCAAUCUGGGGUCCUGAACGACCGCUUGAUGACGACGUCGCCAUGGAUACGGACCCGACUCCACCCACCUCGUUUGAAAAGGACAAGUACACAUGGGGUGUCGGCGAAGAAGCAGACUUGAUUGUGUUCAACCCGCUAUUCGACCCCGAUGGCACGACGUGGCUUCUGACGGAUGACACCACGGGGUACAACAUCACGCGUGGCCGUCCACCACGCCGGACCGCCAUAAUAACGGCGUCCCGUCUCUCUCGCAAAUUACUGUUAACUAUGCACAAGGAAACCGCCCUCAAGAAACACAGCAUGUUCUCCGAGAUGUGGCCCGCCUCCUGCGCGCUGCAACACGGCCUGAAGGCCGUCUACGUGCCCCACCCAGAAUACAUCGACCGCAAAUGGCCCACCAACUAUCUCGCCUCAGUCUUCAAUGCAGGCCGCAAUGGCGCCACCGGCGGCGCCCGCACCUCUGUCUUUGGCGAGCGCGAGCAUAACUUCAGAGGUACCACCUGGUAUUACAAUGCCGGGUUCCCCGAGGUUCUCUGGCAUCGAUGGUUGGGAAUGAAGUUCAACAAUGACGGCGGGGAACAGUGGGAGGUGGCAGGGGAAGGGAGGAUGUGUCUGCCUGGCGUGCUGUUGCAUCCAAUCAAGAGGGUCGAGUUAGUGCAGGAAGGGAGGAGGGCGGAUCAAGCUGGAUGA